UUUAAUACAAGGCCAUUUCUACAAUGCACUAUCUAGUCUAAGAGCCUUAUCUGAUGAUAUCAUACCAUGGAAUAUUGUACGCGGUCUUCAACGGUUUACCUGGCAGUUGGAAUACCCUAUAGAAUAAUGAUGACCACUCUAAUUAUCCUUGUCCUCGGCUUUCACUUGGGCCAGGCAGUUCAAGAUGGUUCCCUGUGGCCAGUACGAGAAUUCCGUGGAGCCUGGAUAGCAACAGUCGCCAACAUAGACUGGCCUUCAUCUCACUCCCUGACCACUGCCCAACAGAAAAACGAAUUAGUAACCAUGUUGGAUAAACUCCAGGCAGACAACUUUAACGCCAUUGUUUUACAGGUUAGAACUUCCGGUGAUACUUUGUACAACUCUUCUUUAGAACCUUGGAGCUACUAUCUGACGGGAAAACAGGGGAGAGCACCCAGUCCCUAUUACGAUCCCCUUGAAUUCGCUGUGCAGGAAGCUCAUAGAAGAAACAUGGAAAUCCACGCUUGGUUCAACCCUUACAGAGCUAGAAGUGGGAGUUCUUCGACAUCUGGACUAGCACAUAAUCAUAUGGCACACAGAUUUCCACAAUAUACUUACCCGUAUGGACACAAUCUAUGGAUGGACCCGGGGGCUAAAGUUGUUCAAGAUUUUAUUCUCUCUGUAUUUAGGGAUGUAGUAUCUCGGUAUGACAUUGAUGGUGUUCAUAUGGAUGACUAUUUUUACCCUUACCCGGUAUCCGGUGUACCGUUUCCAGAUUCUCACACUUAUAGAGAUUACAUUUCAGGAGGUGGUCAGCUAUCAUUGGCGGAUUGGAGGCGCGAUAGUGUAAAUACUCUUGUUCAAGGAAUAUAUAAUUCUGUAAGAUCCAUCAAAUCCCAUGUUAAGAUUGGAAUAAGUCCAUUUGGCAUCUGGAAAUCUGGUCAUCCUUCAACGAUUCGCGGUCUGUCGAGUUAUGACUCACUUUAUGCAGAUUCUAAAAAGUGGUUGGAGCUAGGGUGGGUAGACUACAUGACUCCGCAGCUCUACUGGCAAGUAGAUCCACCACAGCAAAGUUAUCCUGUGCUGCUGGACUGGUGGCUUCAACAGAACAAGAUGAAUCGCCAUGUGUAUACCGGAAACUACGCAAGUGGAGUUGUGGCCAAAUCGUGGUCAGUUAGCGAGUUAGAACGACAAGUAAGACUGUCACGUGAUAGACGUGACCAUCUUAGUCUAGGAAAUGUUUUCUUCAGUGCAAAAAUAUUUUCGCAUAAUACUCAUAAUAUUGCUAAUACGUUCACUUCGGGGGAGUAUUCAACGCCUGCUCUACAACCUGAAAUGGCGUGGCUAACAGCGCCAGCACCACCAACUCCACAAAAUGUCCACGCGAGUGUAGACUCUAAAUUGCAUUGGUCCUCAGAUUCAUCAAGGACAGUCAGAUCCUGGGCAGUUUACACCUUUAAAGCUGAUGUAUGGGAACUAUUGAAAGUGCUGGACAGAGACACAUUACAGUUCAGCGUUCCUGCUGGGUACUACGCCAUUAGGAGUGUAAAUCGUCUGGGAAAAGAAAGCGAAGCUGUGGUUAUUCAUGUAAAUGGUGUAUCAGUCAGUAUUGUUGGGAAAUAGUUAUAAUAUAUUUAUCGUAAAUUUUCAUAUUUUUUAAAGAAAAAACAUGAGUUAGAAAUCAUGAUAUCUUUUAACGUUUCAUUUCUCUCCAAAUGUUCUCAUUUAUGAAUUCAAAAAUAAAUUGCAAUAUUACUGAAACAAUGUAUAAAAUCUUAUGUUUUUUGAAUGCUGAUUAUCAAUUUACUACAAUCAAAAUCAUACAAAUAACAAUGUAUAUUUAAAAACUACAGUCAAAAAGUGAAAAUACAUGCCGGGUUGAUCAUGCGAAUAAAUGAGCAUAAGAGCUACACCAGAAAAAUUGUUAAGUAAUCAUAGAUCUUGUUUCACAAUAUGCAAACGAGGAAACACAUGUACUUCAAAUAAAAAAUAAUCAUAGAAUGUUCAAUAGAUAUGAUAUUUUUAAAACCAAUUAACUCACAAAUUUUCACCUGCAAUGUAAAAAUCUAAUAAAAAAGGUAGUUUGUCAUAGAUGAAAAUGUUUUUUGAAAUGGUGUUUGACAUUUAAUAUUAUAAAGUAUUAAUAUUCAUGAACAAGGUUGUUUUCAUGGCGGAAAUGACAU